GGGUCCACUUGCACGAUGCUACAAGCUCGGUCUGGGACGAUGCUCAGGCUCGCGCUCGGUUUCGCUGCUCUGCUGCACGUGGAUGCAUUCGUCGUCUGCCGCGAGAGAGAGGUUGCUUUCUACCACGUCCCAAAGUGUGCUGGCCUGAGCAUCACAGACGCGCUGCUGGCGACGGGCGGCUGCGUCCGAUUAUGGUACAUGCUCUCCAUGUCGUCACAAAUCGUGCGAGACCGAAUGGACAGGUGUCAUACGACACCGAGCGAAGUUGAAAGGUUCGCCACACGCGACCGCGAUGCCGACUUCCGCGCCAUCGACGUCGAGGGCGUGCAGCGAAGGUACCGCUCCUUCUCGAGCGUGAGGCACCCAUACACUCGCGUCCUCGCCUCCUUCGACCAGCGCACGACGACUGAGCUGCUGGGCAAGCCUGGCGUCGAGGAUCAGCUUCCCGGCUACGACCGCUUCUGGCCGUGCGAGCCACCGGCCUGCCGGCACGCGCCCCACCCGACGACAUUCGGCGCCUACCUGGAGUGGCUGGACGCCAACCUCGCCAACGGAACGCUCGCCUGGUGGCACGACCCGACCAUCACGCACUUCAGGCCGGCAACCAUGUUCACGCACUGGCCCGACGGCUCACGCGCGGUGACGCACGUCGCAAAGUUCGAGCGGCUCGAGGAGGACCUCCGCCGCAUCUUCCCGCGCCUCGGGCUCGAGGUUGGCGUUCUGCCGCGUGAGAAUGUGAAGAGCUCGCCGCGCGAGUCGCGCGGCCGCCUCUGCGGGCCGAAGCACUGCGACCCCUGCGCGCUGCUGACGCAGACGCGCCACACGCCGGCGACGAUUCGCAUCGUCAACCGGGUCUACAAGAGGGACUUUGAGCUCCUCGGCUAUGCGAUGCUCGACGGCGAGCCGCAGGAGGUCCUUUCGCACUGCCUGCGCCGCGGCCUCAACCACAGCCUGUCCCAAGCAGUGCUAGCUCCUCACGAGGACACGGCGAGUGCCGCGUGAGACCGCACGCUCCGCCGCGCGGUGCGUCUGCGGGAUCCUUCAAGAGUAUAGUAUAGUCGUAACGGGAUACGUUUUAUUGCGCAGGGAGUGUGAUGUGUGUGCGCGAUUAACGCUGUCUUUAUAUUAUGAUCCGAUUGUUUC